AUGGACAAGAAACUUACCGUGCAACCUGCUACGGUAACAUUUUCAGCACCCUUAACUGAACGCCAAGCGGUAGAUUUAGAUAUAAAAAAUGAUUGGAACAAAGCAAUCAUUUUUAAAAUGAAAACCACAAAACCGGAUGCAUUCAAAAUGAAACCUGUUUAUGGGCUUGUUGAAGCUGGUGACAAGAAAAAAGUAAUUUUGACAUUAAAAAAAUGGGACCCAAGUAAGAAACCAAAGAAAACGGAUCAUUUUACAAUUGUCAUGGCACCAGCACCCGACAAAUGCACCAAUGCUAUGAAAACUUGGAAAAGCUGGAAAGAAAGCAAAAGAUCUGAGGGAAGCAUUGGCGCUUGUCGUCGACAAGUGAAGAUAACAUACAAGGGUAUUGCAGUGAAAGACGCGAAAAAGAAACCAGUAAAAGCUGAGGUGACAAAGACGCCAGCACUGAAAGCUGAGGACGUUGAGGACAGAAAGGAAGAGAAAGUUGAAGAAGUUGAAGACAAAAAGUUGAAGCGGAAGCCGAAGAAGAAAGAAGAGGAAGGUAAAGAGGAAGAGGAGGAGAAAGCACAAAAGAAAGCUAGCAAAGGAAAAGAGGAGGAAGAGGAGGAAGAGGAAGAAGAGGAGGAAGAAGAGAAGAAGGAGGAGGAAAAUGAGAAACCGAAGAAAAGACCGAAAAAAGAGAAAGAAGAGGAUGAAAAAGAGGGAAAGAAAGAUGCUGAAGAUGAAGAAGGGAAGGGGAAAAAGGAGGAUGAGGAUAAUGAAGAGGACGAAGAGGAAUAG